AUGAACAGCUCAACGACCUUUGACCGCAACGACACCGUUGAGACGUAUACAUCUACAGUCAACUCACCGGACCCGAAUCUAUCACCAUCACCCAACAGGACUGUAGUUGAUCUGGAUGAAAACCUGAACUCGAAAGCUGCAGGCGAUAAGCUCGAAAAGAAGUUGGAGGAUGAGUUGACCGCUGAGCAAAAAGCCGAACAAGAAUUGAGGAGGCAUAGAUCCACGACAGUCAACGGUGCUGAGAUCAAACUGAGUCAGAAGAGGAAAUGGUUCUUAUUAUUGGUAUUCUCAGUUGCACAGUAUCUCGAUAUCGCCUCAUAUUCCGGUUUAUUCGUAUUUACUGAUGCUGUACUCAACGAUCUGGACAUCUUAUAUGAGUCGUCAUCCUGGAUCAUUACCGCUUACUCAGUCACGUUCGCCGCGUUCUUACUAUUCUGGGGACGAGUAUCCGAUUUGUACUCUGCCAAACCAGUAUUCGCCUAUGGAUUCCUGUUGCUUGGUCUCAUCAAUCUGAUUAUCAGCUUCAUGACCAACAAGUAUGCCUACUUUGUAUUUAGAGCUAUCAGUGGUAUUGCCGGAGCUGCAACUAUCCCGUCCGCAUUCAGACUCAUAUUGGCAAUCUUCGAACCAUCUGAAUUACAUGUCGCCCUUACCCUCUUCGGCCUGAGUGGUGCUAUUGCCAAUGUCACCGGUUUGGUCUUAGCAGGUUUCUUCGGCUUCAUCACUGCUGGUGGUCAGAAUUCAGCUUGGAGAUGGUUCUUCAGAAUGAUCGCGAUUGUUUGUGUCCCCUUUGCCUUUGCCGCCAUCACACUGGUACCCAAGACCAGAGGCGAUCGAUGCGACGAAUGUACACAACAUGAGAAAUUCAAGCGACUGGAUCUUGUCGGAGCUUUCACCAUGCUGGUCGCUAUCAUUCUGAUCAUCCUCGGAUUGACUCUCGGUGCCUCCUACGGUUGGAAGACCGCUAAAUUCUUGGUACCAUUCCUACUUUCUUGGCCAAUCUUCGUCGCCUUCUUCAUAUGGGAAGCAAGGUUGCCCGAAGGUUACGCGUUGAUCCCUCCAAGUUUCUGGAAGAUCCCAAAUAUGACGCUGUUGAUUGUCUUCGCUCUCGGUAUCUACCCUUGGUGGGCCGUCAACCAAUUACCACUCGUCGAGAGAUUCUUAGUUGUCAACCACGAAACACCCAUCAUAGCUGCUGUUCGAAUGCUUCCUCAAGGUCUAGCCGCAUUGGCAGUAGCUAUGGUCAUCCCUCCUCUACUUCAGAAAUUGGGUUCCGGUAAAUGGCCAAUAGCCGUAGGGAUGUUACUUGGUUCGGUAUCAUACAUAUUGAUGAUCUUCUCCGAUGGUGUCAUUGAGAACAACGGUUAUUGGAGAUGGUACUUCCCAGCUUUCAUCCUUGGAAGUGGAGCUGCUAUGGCUAGUUUCUUAGGUACAAAUAUCACCGUGAUGACCUCGGUACCACCCGCCAUGUCCGGUGUGGCAGGAGCGAUGCUUCAAGUAUCUCUUCAAGUUGGAGCUGUCUUAGGACUUUCAGUUCAAGCGGGCUUGUUAACGCUCAACGAAGGUUCUUUCGUCAAUUACGCCAAUGUUCAGGCAUCAUUCUGGUUCCAAUUCGGCUGGUCCGUCUUCAACAUGUUGAUCAUUGUCUUCUUCUUCAGACCUGGUAAAGCCGCUGAGGGUAGUCAACAGGCGGCGAAGAUCAAAGGUGAAAAAGGUCCUGAAUCGACUGCUGUCAUUGUAUGA